AUGGCUUCUUGCAAGGCAGAGAGUCAGUGGCCGCUGGCUUUGCAACUCUUUUCUUCUAUGGCUUCGGCACGGCUUGGUCACGACUUGAGCGGCUACAACGCAGUGCUCAACGCCACGUACCACACAGCGCCGGGCUAUCAACUUUUCCUCGAGGCCGUCCAG